AUGGUGCUGGCCCGCUGGUCGGACGGUCUCUGGUACCCGGCCAAAAUUGACAAGAUCAGCCAAGAGGACAACAAGGAUUACUAUAACGUCCACUUCCCGGGAUGGGGCAAGCGAUACGACGAUGUCUUCAGCGAAGAACAACGAAGACCGUUGUGGUCAAGGUUAAGAAGAGCAGCAGUCGAGCCGGAGGAGCUAAAACCGUUCGCCAUGGAGCUCCGCUUCCCGAAAGCGCUGGGCCAGAUCCUCGUUGAUGAUCAUGAUCUGGUCGAUCGCCGAGGCCAGCUGCCCACCACUUCCUUGCUCUACAAGACCGAGCGUUCGCACUACGAUGCUCUGCACCUAAAAGAUCCGCUGGACCCAAGAAUACAAUGCCUCCCAGGACGCACUUCCGUCCAAAUCGGCGAGAUUGAGAGAAUUGCUCGUAGCCACCAGGGCUUCUUGGACUGGUUGGAGACGAAGGAGGGCGAUUACUUCGACCGUAGCGCCUACUUUGUGCCGCUGGAUGAGAACGUGAAGCGCAUCAAAACUGAGCCUGAAGAGUAU